UACCCCAUUUUAGGUGAAUUGAGAAAACAUGGAGCUGGAUAUUAUCAUGAGCAAGUUUGUACCAUGUCUUCUAGGAAUUCUUAUGGCUUUGUUAUCUUCAUCUUUAACAGAUUCACAAUUAGUUGGAAAUUUUCUCCAGUGCCUGUCUCAAAACUCAAAUGUAACAGAUUAUGUCUUCAUUCAAGAAAACACAAAAUACACAUCUGUUCUUGAGUCAACCAUUAUAAAUCUUAGAUAUGCCACAACUACUACCACCCCAAAACCAUUUGCUGUAAUCACAGCCUUGUCACACUCACACGUACAAUCUGUAAUACUUUGUUCCAAAAGUUUCGGUCUAAGAAUCCGAAUUCGAAGUGGCGGGCAUGACUAUGCAGGUGUUUCAUACACUUCAUAUGACCAUGUCCCUUUUGUUGUUCUAGACCUUCAACAACUACGGUCCAUAACUAUCGACUCGGCUGACAAGAGUGCCUGGGUUGAAUCUGGUGCAACAGUUGGGGAACUGUAUUAUUGGGCGUCCCGGGCUAGUCAAAACUUUGGAUUUCCAGCUGGGAUUUGCCCAACUGUUGGGGUUGGUGGCCACUUUAGUGGAGGGGGGCUGGGUACGAUGGUGAGAAAGUAUGGACUAGCGGCUGAUAAUGUGAUUGAUGCCAAGAUUGUUGAUGUCAACGGGCGACUUCUUGAUAGAAAUUCCAUGGGGGAAGAUCUGUUUUGGGCUAUCAGAGGAGGCGGAGGUGGAAGUUUUGGUGUCGUGUUAGCUUGGAAGGUGAAUCUUGUUUACGUUCCUGAGAAAGUUUCGGUUUUUAGUGUUUCCAAGACUAUAGAACAAGGAGGUUCGAGUCUUUUUAAUAAGUGGCAGUACAUUGGGCACGAUUUGAGCCAAGAAUUGUUCAUUAGAGUUAUAAUACAGCCGGCUUUAAAUGAGGCAGGGAGCAGAAGUAUGCAAUUCACAUUCAAUUCGAUGUUUCUUGGAAGUGUUGAUCAACACGUUGAAACCGUAACAGAUGGCUUCCCUGAACUGGGAUUACAGAAACAGGACUGCACUGGAAUGAGCUGGAUUGAGUCGAUACUCUAUUUUGACAAUCAUCCAAAAGAAGAAAGCAUUGAUAUCCUUAGGGAUAGGAUUUCAGAGUCCAAAAGCAUCUUCAAUGGUAAAUCCGACUACGUGACAGAAGCAAUACCCGAAGAAGCAUUGGACGAGGUAUGGAAAUGGUGUUUGGAAAUAGACAAUCCGAUGAUCCUUAUAAUGGAACCACACGGUGGAAAAAUGGAUGAAAUCGAAGAAACAGAAACUCCAUACCCUUACAGAAAAGGGUAUUUGUAUAACAUACAAUAUUUUGACAGAUGGGAUAGCAUUGAAUCAUCAGAAGAGCAUAUAAGCUGGAUGACAAGGAUUUACGAGAAUAUGACACCGUAUGUUUCAAGGAACCCGAGGGCUGCUUAUGUCAACUACAGAGAUUUGGACCUAGGUACAAAUGAUAACACGGAAGCCAUGAUAUGGGGAAGCAAGUACUUUAGGGGAAAUUUCAAGAGAUUGGCAAUGGUGAAAGGAGCGGUUGAUCCAGACAACUUCUUCUGUUUCGAGCAGAGCAUCCCACCUCUUCUUCUAGGUAUAAGUAAAGGGACCGGCAACAAUGGUUCUUACCAAAGCUUGUAGUAAAGUUAUGUGUUGUGAGACCAUGGAUCUUAUACGUACGUAUUUGUAUAGUCGAUUGUUUUUAUAUAUUUAUUGAAUAGUGAAACAUUAAUUAUAAGUCAUUUUGGGUCAA